AUCCCGGAGCUUCCCCGCCGUACCUCGAACCUCACAUGCAUCAUGGGUGGCGUGCCAGAAAAGGUGCUUAACUGGCUAUACAGCGUAUUACCCAGUGAAUACGCAGAUGUGAAUCGAACGUACCACGAUGUUGCCGAAACCCUCUCCAACUACCCUUCGCUCUCCCCUCGAACAGAGGUCUACACCUAUGAAAAUGGAGCUUCAGCGCUGCUCCUGCGCAUUGGUGGAGCAGUACCGGUCACCUUUCGCGAGCAAAUAUACGGUUUCCCGAUCGUGAUAUGGGUGCCGCAUAACUACCCUCGAGAAUCGCCAAUUGUAUAUGUCACCCCUUCACAGGAUAUGCUGGUUAGGCCGGGACAGCAUGUCAGUGGGGACGGCAGGGUCUACCAUCCAUAUUUAGCACAAUGGGGGAAGUACUGGGAUAAAAGCACCUUGUUCGAUUUCCUCGCUGUACUACGAGGAGUAUUUGCAAAAGAACCGCCUGUUCGCUCUAGACAGCAACAACAGCAACUUCAGAAUGCGCCAGUUGCUCCGGCACCUCCACCCGUACCCCCUCCCCCCACAGAAUGGCGAACAUCUAUGCAGAGCACCCCAAUAGCAUCUCCAGCGCCAGGCCCAUCUGCUCAAGCACCACUACCUCCCCCAAAACCACCGAAGCCGUAUGAACAAGGUGGACCAACUCCACAACCCCAAUCGCAGCAGCGUGAUAAAUACUCACAACCUCCUCCUCUACCCUCGCAACAGCCUCACCAAACUCAAUAUCAACCGCCACAAAAUAACGGCUAUGCAGCACAAAAUCAUUGGCAGCAACGGGGCCAUCCACAAUCAAAUCCAGGUUAUACGGAAUCAAGCCAUGUUGCGAGUCCCGCGACACCAGUCUCAAAGUCCCUCUCAAACAUUCAAGCACAAGGGAUACAGACACAACCUCAAAAUUUCGGAAGUCCCGUCAGUCCGGUUUCGCCUGAAAACCAUCAACGAACAGGACGGUAUCAACAAUCUGCCCCUGUUCCGCUCCAGCAACCGCAACCGCAACAUCCACAGACCCAACACCACCAGGGCUAUCCUCCGCAGCAAUACAAUCACCAAACCCCACAUAACCAACCGCAACAGGCCAGUCAGUCUUCAUAUCAUCAUCCUCAGCAACAGCAACAGCAACAGCAACAGCAACAAAUGUAUUCCCCCCAACAUCAACCCCCUUACCAACAACAAGCACCACCUCCUCCGCAACCCGCCGCCCCACCACCCAACCUCAUGGACAUGGACACAAACAUACUCUCCGUUACGAUUCCCUCGCAGUCCGGCCCACAGCAAUCCCUCCCUGUUCCACCCGUACCCCCGAACCCUGAAAAAGACGCCCUGCUCACUGCUCUCUCCGCGACCCUCGUAGCUCAAUUAAACCGCACUGUUUCCCAAAACCAUGCCGCUAUCGCGCCUCUGCAGGCCCAGCAGGCUGCCCUACGUACUGCAUAUACGACACUGCAAUCUGAAAUCGAUCAACUGCAGCAACUCGAUGCCGCGCUCGCUAGCAACGAAAAGAUCCUAAGCGAUGCCAUGCGGGAGGCUGAUCGCGUAAUGGAGGAUGCGCGGCAACGCAAGGCGCCGGAUGUUGACGACGUGCUGGUUGCGCCGACGGUGGUCGGUGGGCAGCUCUACAAUGUUGCGGCUGAAGAAAGGGCAUGUGCUGAGGCGCUUUUUGUGCUGGGUCAGGCUUUGGACAAAGGUCGGAUCAGGGGGGAUGUUUUCGUCAAGCAAACCAGGACGUUAGCUCGAGAGCAAUUUCUAAAGAAGGCGCUGGUUAAGAAGAUUGCGCGGGGCAUGGGCUUGAAUGAGUACGGUAUGCGGUGA